ACACUUACACUCGCUCGGCUCUCAGCUAAAUGCUAACACUCAGUAGCAUCACCUCACUGAGGGCUGUCGGUUUAGAUGUAAAUGAAGCGUUUUUAUAAGAUUAUAUUUUAUUUAUGAACUCCUGAGAUAUCGGCUAAACGUCGUUUUAACUCGUAAGGAUUCACAGUUAAAGGUGGUCAGCUGCCUGUGUGUGAGGGAGAAUGAGCGAGGUGGAGGUGUUUCAUGAGAAGCAGAGGUUGGAGCUGUGCGCCAUCCACGCAUUAAACAACGUACUGCAGGAGAGAGUUUUCACUAAAGAGACGGCGGAUGAGAUCUGCAAGCGCCUCGCCCCGCAGUGUGUGGUGAACCCGCACCGCUCGGUGUUGGGGACAGGGAACUAUGAUGUGAACGUGAUUAUGGCAGCGCUCCAGAGCCGGGGACUGGCCGCAGUGUGGUGGGACAAGCGAAGGUCGGUGCAGAGUUUGUGUCUGGAUAAGGUGCAGGGCUUCAUUUUAAACGUGCCGUCGCGGGUCUCUCUGGGAAUCGUGUCUCUCCCGCUGAGACGCAGACACUGGCUGGCGGUGCGGCAGGUGAACGGACACUACUACAACCUGGACUCUAAACUAAAGGGUCCUGUCUGCAUCGGGGGGGGGACAGAACUCAGGUCGUUCCUCUGUGAGCAGUUGUCUCAGGAUGUGGCGGAGAUGCUCCUGGUUGUUCAGAGGGAAGUGGAGGAUGAUGGGACGUGGCUGAUGGCGGAAGACUCCAGGAAGUGAUAUUUCUCAGGUCAAGAAGUUUUCUGUGGGUUUUUAAACCACACAUGCAUGCUGGGAUGGGGGUGGGGGGUGACAGGCAUGCAGGGACACUGAGGGCAGUUUAGCGUGAGGCCCCUCCCCCUCCCGUGCAGAAUGUCACUACCAAAGACUGAAGGAUUACUCACCAGGCUGGUCACUCACAGAGAGGUCCAUUCAGAGGUCAAUAAAGGGACGUCUCUCCUCCUGAAGGAGCACCGAGGCUGAGUGUCCGAGUGGACUCAGUGAAGACACUACUUACACUUACUGCAGCUCUCUCUCUCUCUCUUUCUCUCUUUCUCUCUCCUUGUCUUUCUUUCUCUCUCCUUCACUUCUCAUGGACAUGAAGGUCAUGGUGAUUUUGCUUUCAUAUAUUUCUUUGAACUCUCAAAUUCUUAUUUAAUAGAAAUAUAUAUUCUCUAUUAAACAGAUUCUCUGAAAUCAACAAAGGGUUAAAGCUCUAAUUAAAGCUCUAAUAUUUAGUUAACCCAAAAUAACCUGUUGCUCAUGCCUUACUUUCUUAAUCAUAUUACUGUAAAUGUCACAAUUAUCAUUAAUGAACAAUAAUUUAAUAGGCUCUAAAACAGAGAACCCCUGGGUGCUCCAUAAUACAUAUUAAAUCAAACUGCCACUGAUUCACAACAGUGUGUGCACGAGGAAUACACUCAAUAUGGUAAUAAACCAAAGGUUCAAGGUGUUAAAGGAUAACACUUUACAAAAAGGCUGCAUUUAAUGAACAGUACUUACAACAGAAAGUCUCAAUUAAUUAUUAAUGGACGCUUAUUAAGACCAUAUUAAUCAAUGCAAAAUUUCUACACUAAUGUUUCAGCUCAUUAUUAUUAUUUACAACAGUCUUAGACAUUUAGUACCGUUUUAAUGUUAGUUUAUUAGUUGUAACAACAAUGUUUAUUACUGUUUAGAAAAAAAAAGCCCCAGAACAUGAUGCUCCCACCACCAUGCUUAACAGCUGGCGCAGUGCACAAUUCCCAAAGGUUUUUUCUUUGUCCAGGUUCUUCAGCUAAAAUCAAGCCAGCAUUACAAUGGCAGUGACACAUGCAGGUGUGCAGUUCAUGGCAGACCUGGUCCAUGGUGUUUUUUUAACUGAUUGUUCCUAACCAGUGAUUUAAACCAGUUUCCUCUGAGGGUGAUGUUUAUUUGAGACUUUUUUCCAAACUUAAGCUAUAGUAGUAUAAUAGUAUCUAGACACUUCUUCAAAGAUUAGUCAUUUUUGGACCUUCUCGCAUCUGCUUUCAUAUCAUUGCAUUAUUAAAUUGUUUGAUUGAUUGAUUAUUGGUUCUGUUUAAUACAGAAUUCCUACUGAGAAUCUGUGGUGAAGUGUUGGGGUGAUUGAUGGUUAAUAUAGCAGAUCUUGUGGCAUUCCACAGGGUUUUACUCUAGGGCCAAUACAACUAAUGUUAAUAGUUAUAAAACUGUAGUUCUAAGAUCAAAAUCCUGAAGUGUACACUCACAUAGUUAGAGGUUAAAGCACUAAACACAGACAAAUUUAAUGUUAAAAAAAAUUACAGAAAUUUUUCGAUUUCUCUCCUUAAUAUUUAAUGCAAGCAGCAAGUAUCAUUAAUUGACAUAUCUGAUUAAUGUUUAAAUGAUGUCUUUACUAUUUAUUACUGUAAUAAGUACUGUUAAUUGAUGUAUCCUUAUUGUAAAGUGUUAACUAAUUAUGAUUAUUGAUUUCAGCAACCCGCCCUCCUCCUGUUUCUGUUAAGUAUUUUAUUCAUUUUGUUCCAGAGAAGGACAGUUCAAAGAAAUAAUUGAAACCAAAUGGUUGUGUUCAUGAGUCUCUCUCUCUCUCUCUCUCUCUCUCUCUCUCUCUCUCUCGCUUUCUCUUUCUCUCUUUCUUUCUCUCUCUCUCUCUCUCUCUCUCUCUCUCUCUCUCUCUCUCUCAGGAUAAGUUCUAACACUUUCUGUUUUUUUUUUCUUCACUCAUUCUGUAUCUAUGCACUGCACUGCUGAAGUAGGGUGUGUGUGUGUGUGGGUGUGUGUGUCAGGGUUUGUGUGUCAGAGUGUGUGUAUUACUAUGCACAGAACUGCUACAGCACAGUUAGGUAGUCUCUGUAAAUAUAAUUAAUUUACUAGUGUGUGUGUGUGUGUGUGUGUGUGUGUGAAAGAGAGUGUGUGUGUGAUUUUUCACUCUUGCCACGUCAAGCAGCUCAGAGGACACUUCCGGAGCGUUCACUAAUAAAGUGAAUAAGUAUUUAAAUGAACGUG